UAGAUUUUGGCGUUGGUGUUGCAGCAUCGAAGCCCUCAGAGAACCCCCAUUCUCGAGAGUCGCUGAGUUAUCCGGUCUGCGGUGACUGUUUUCCGCCCUGUAGAUGCGAUCGUAAAGUUAACCUCUUCAAAUCUUGUGUUUUGGUUUUUGGAUCAUGGAAGCCUGGGAGUACUGGAAGUUGCCGGUCUCUGUCGUCCCUCUGCAGCUGGUCAUUGCCAGCAUUACAACUGCCGGCAGAUUUCUGUCAUUAAUAGCGUUAGCAAUCGUUUCAAACGACUAUCCAUGGAAGCCGUGCAAACUCGGUCUAGAUUUCGAUGUAUUUUCAUGGGUUACUCCUAGUAACCCACGAGUUGGUGUGCACGUCAAUGUACUUCUACAUGAAUUGUAUCCAGCCAAGGAAGCAUCGGCUGCAGGUCCGGUUGAUCUUGACGGACGACUUUCUCCACAGGAUUUUAUUCAAGCACUCCAGAAGAUUGACCUGGAAGGUCUACCAAACAAUUUAGACGAAAGCAGUUUUAUUUUCCAACCUACUGACCUGUCAACGUGUUCCACCUCCUGGACCCCCAAUCUAAAUUGCAAGCCUAGUCCUUCGAACGAUGACACUGUGGAACUCUUGCCAGUCAGUCGGUGUACUCCAUCUCCUGCCGUCGAGCCAAUGUUCUCUCCUAUGUCAGCAGACCCACUUUGGUCCGAUACGGAUAAAGUGGAAGUUAUCAAUCCGGACACUACCGCAUCUUCUGAAAUUCCUGAGCUACCGGGGUUAAUCGAUCCUCGUUCCGAUAUAGCCGCUACUGUAGGGGUGGAGGGGGCCUGUCUAUCACUGCACGCUCCGUCUACCAUAACUUCGCUGCAGUCUGAAAACCCCACAAAUACGGCUGAGGAUGAUGACUUGGACGCCAAAAUAUUACCACCUUCUGUGCUUUCUCUUACAUCUGGUGCUCCGAAUAUAUGGACUGUUGGAGGCUGCAAUACGCACGAAUCCCCGACUGUUUGCUUCAAGAACAACGUUGAACCUGUACGUCCUUUCCCUCGCGUCCUUCGUCUGAAUUCGGAUAUGUUGUUUGGGACCACUAGUUCAAAUGAGGCAAAAGUAAACUCAGAAGAUCCGAUACCAGAAAAUGUGCAACCCACUGACUGCCCCGUGGUGGCAUCGAACUGUGUUUCAUCCACACCGACGGAGAACCUUUCGCGCACAUCCAGACGCAAAUCUGUACUCAAACCGCUACAAGUGGGACAGCGACGCAGUCGCAGUACAAGUUUUAGCAGCACUUCAGAUUUAGAGCCCCUAAGCGGAUCUAGUCAGGACUCCGAACUCAGCUACCGUCCUUUCAUUCUCAAGCAAAGUCCUGGUCCUUCGAAUCGUACGAGUGGUCCCAUCAAACGUAUUUCGCUUUGUUCAGUUUCGUCGAAAUCCUGUGGAUCGUUGUCAACCAAUGGAUCGUUGUUCGAAUCUACUGGAGAUAUAUCUGUUUUCGACCGCGAGGAAUCCAGCACUCCUUCACCAUUUCAGCAUGGUGGCUCCUUGUCCUCUGAUUUCAUUGCGUCCCAGCGUUCACUCAGUAGACGAGGGGAUUAUGUUCAGCGCGAUAUCGCUGCGCUAGAACAUGCACAUGUCCCCUUCAGCUAUGAAGAGAUAGUCGGCGCUAGUAAUGAGAAGUUCAGGGAAAUGAAGUCCACCCCUUACUUGACUCCGCACCAGAUGGACGUAUUGAUCACGGCGAGAAAACGAGCCACCAAUAGGCAAGCUGCCGAGCGCUGUAGACGUCUAAAACUUGCCACUAGAGACGACCUGAGUGAGCAGCUGGCCGCUUUACGGACGGAGCGCCAGGUACUUGUGAGACAGAUUGCUCAAGCUAGACAGCGCAAGCAAAGAGCCAGCGACGCACUUCUGGCCGAGCAGAAACGUGUCCUGUCACUUCUUUGUGGUCCAGAAGGAGAUCGGUUGAAAUACUCUGAUUGGCGCGUGCGUCUCACUCACGAUGAUGAAGUUGUGGUUGUUGCUGUGGGCCGAUAGACACCCUUUCGCCAGUACCCUUCGAUUCGUGUACUUUUUCGUGUUUUUGGUAUGUCAACACUUAUUUAUUGAUCCUGACUAUCAAACCACACCACUCGCACAGACGUACACCCCACUUUUACCGUAUACAAGCUGAAAGCAAACCAAGCCUGGAUGUGUUCUUACGCAUCCACUAUCUUUUUUCAGCGAGCCGUACAUUGGAAAAUCUUAUAUCUGCACAUAUCCGAACUAUCUGUCAUUCGUUUAUUUUUCUUGUUUCUUUACAUGUAUGUUAAUAUUAGCUCACAUUGCUCUGUUGUUCUGCAGCGAUCAUAUAAUACUUGGUAGUUC